AUAGGAACCGUGUUCUAUAUCAAGGUAGCCGAGCUAACCGUACCAUACUCCGUAGGCUAGCUGGCUAAGAAUACGUACUCCGUCAAAUCCUGUAUUCAUAGAUGACUCUCCCAUGGACUACGCGCCGAUUCCGCUGUCGACCGCACUCAAAAACAAUCUUCUCUCAUCAACAAGCAAGAUACAGCUAGCCUUUACGUUAUCCAAAGCAUUCUGGCAGUACUAUGAGUCAGACUGGAUGCGAGCAGCUUGGAAUUUUCAAACAGUACAGCUCCUUCCCCAGCGCGAUGAGGAUGAACGCUGUGGAAUCGCGACACUGGAUUGUGAGGCGGAAGUACCAUUCUUGAAAAUUGAUACAAUCUCCCCGGACGGGCCUUUCUUCUCCGAGUACGAGCCGCAAAACCAGCGCAUGCACCGUUACCCGUAUAUCCUCAAUUUGUGCCUGCUUUUAGUUCUACUAUGCACAGAACAAGGUUCGCCACACGAAUCUUCUCCUACGCAGAAUCGAAUUUAUUCUUUUUGUGCCAUGAAGAUCAAGCACAAGCAGAGCGUAUGGCCCGUUAUCGAGCUUUCCGACGAACGCAAGAGGAAGUAUAAGGAAAUCGUCCGCAAGUGUCUGCCUAAUCCGCGCGAAGAUAUCUGCCUCAGUCUUGCGGAGAGACGCGCGUGGUUGAGAGACAAUGUUGUCCGCCCUCUGUAUGAACUUCUCCAAGACAUGCAGUGCUCGGACACGGAUGAUGCCCCAGAGACAGAAGAAGCGGGCCUCCAAACCAACCCACAAAUAGACAUGGACGAGAUUGCCAAAACCCCAAGCAACGAAUCAAGAAGAUGGAUCAAUAACAUCAAAUUUUCGCCCAUGCAGAGAUAUAUCUGUCAGGAACUGAAAAACGACAAAAAAGGAAGACGGCCAAAAAUUGCAAUCAUUGAUACGGGGUAUGAUGGCGAAGCACGUUGGCUCGAUAAUCCAUUCAAAAAUCGACUAAGCCAAAAGGACGAGGCCGGGACAAUUUCUCAAAAUUGGAAGGACUUUUGGGAGAAUAACGAUCAGCCCCAAGAUGAUUCCGGCCACGGAACUUCUAUGCUGUAUACAGUCAUGAAUAUCGCACCUUUUGCCGAUGUCUGCGUUGCGCGUAUAGCGGGAAAUAGCGAAGAUUUGCGUCAGGAGGAUUCAAGGACGACUAAAAAUCUUGCAGAUGCAAUUCGUUGGGCUGCGGAAGUCCAGGAAGCGGACAUUAUAUCCUUGUCUCUUGGCUGGGAACAAGAGAAAUUGGUUGAGGGACGCUAUGUUAUAAGCAACGUUAUCUUUGAUGCACUUGGGAAACGAAAUCAAAAGGUGUUGCUUUUUGCUGCCGCCUCAAACUAUGGAGGCGGUCGAUACGAGCUGUUUCCAGCAAAGCACCCAAAUGUCUUCUCUAUCCGGGCAACGAAUGCGCUUGGCAAACAUGAAGACUUCAACCCUCCUUUGCCUGACGAUGGCAGCGAAGUAGUUGGAACGCUGGGGGUGGGCGUACCCACGAAGGAAAGGACCCACGAGGAGACUGGCAGGACGGGGACCUCGGUAGCAACAGCUGUUGCCGCUGGGUUCGCGGCCAUUGUCGUUGCUUAUAUCAACAUUCAUGGUGAAGGUCGCUUAUGGGAAGGCCUAAGGACUCACACGGGGUUUACCAGACUACUCCGUGAAGGUAUCUCAACGGAACCCGAAGCAAGGAAACGUUUUGUCACGUUGGAAAAGCUGUAUGGAAAUAAUUGGAAAAGGCACUUUGAGUCUUGUCUAGAUGGAGUUACUUCAAGACCGAAUUAGUCCCUUUACAUUUGUCAUGAAUGCUGCAUCAUUUUACAAAUGUGAUCUAUCUUAUGAG